AUACGAACUGUACGUCUGUACGAAGUUUUAAAUUUUAAUAUGAAAUUGUAUGCUCAUUGCUCAUUAUUCACUAUUGUCUACUGACUACUACUCUGUUGUAGUUGUACAAGUGCAACUUUAUUGUUAGCCGUUAGGAAGUAAAAAUGAUAGUCUCAAAGUUAAAAGUAGAAAUGCAGGUAAAAAAAAUCUAACUUCUUAUUUACAUGUAAAUUCUAUUUAGUAAUUUGAAAUGGUUUUAAUAAAUUGUAAUUUACCAAGAAUGUAUGAAAAACACUCGAAAAAAAAUUGACGAGGCCUCAAAAUUAAUGUAUAUCAUAAUAUAUUCAUAAAUCUUAACUGCAGCUAUGGUGUUUAGAAGCGCAAAUGGUAAUAAGUCAAAAAUAUGUGCAUUGCCAAUGCCUUUAUUAAUGGGCUUUGUUAUUGGCAUUAUAUCAGUUUAUACUUAUUAUUUGCUAUUGAAUUAUGAAGACAACACAAAGUUAACACCAGUUCCUGUUAAAAUGUUUAACAGUCAAUUAAAGAUGAAUUAUCAUCACCACUAUCAUCUAGUGGAUUUAACAAAAUCAACUAUAAAUCGUAAUACAACGCUUUUGUGUCUCAUAUUCAUUAAUAAUAUAGACUCAUUACUUAUGCAACACAAUGUUUGGCUUGAUAAAUGCGGCAACAACAAAAUAUAUGUGAGUAAACAAAAGCACAAAUAUAUUGGGCAAGUUGUAACUGAUACUUAUUCAUCACAACCAUGGAAAUAUUUCUGUCAGACUAUAAUGUAUUUACAUAACCAAUAUAAUUCACAUAACUUUAAAUAUGAUUGGAUAUUUUUGGCCAAGGAUAAUGUAUGGUUAAUUUAUGAAAACUUAUUACACUUAAUAUCAUUUUUGAAUGUCAAUAAACACAAACAUAAUUAUUAUGCUGGGCAAUACAUCAAUGGUAUAUUAAAUAUCAAUGCAGGUGUACUGUUUGAUACAAAUACAUUAACAGCCUUAGUAAAUUUAAUUAGUAAUAUGGAUGGCUGUAAUUCGGAAGUAUCCAACAAUGAAAAUCAAAUGUUAGAUUAUUAUUUAAGAAAACUAAAUAAUGUUGUACCCAUCAGCAAUAUGGAUUCGUAUGGUUGUACCUUGUUUCAUUCAAUAAAUCUUUUCAAUGCUUUUAACGUAAAAAGCCUGAGACCUGAAAUACUUAAUAAAUGUAUGAGUAGAUUUGCCAUUACAUUUCAACUAGAUUUAUCUUCAAAUUACUAUGCAAUGUUUUACAAGUAUGUCUUAUACAAAAUAAGAUUAGUAACCAAACAAGAUCUGUCUAAUUCGAAUAAAAUUAUAUCAGAUCCAUCUCCUGAAGACGUGAAUAUUUGGAGGAAAGAAGCUCUUUAUGAAUUGAAUUUUGACCCUAGUAAUACAUCACAAACAGAUUUUUUUUACUACUGGUCAAAAAAACGUCAAAUUAUAUUAUAAUAAUUGUUAAUUUUUAACUACUUUAAUUUAGGUAUAUUGGUUGUGGUUUCAGUGGUAUGACAAACUUAAAAAUUUUGUUGAAAAUAAAAUAUUAUUUAUCAUAGGUACUGUAUUA